AUUCGAGCUUAUGUCCGCAAGCACACCAUUGCCAAUCAUGAGAGAGGUAUGAUGUGCACUAUAGCAGGAUGCAACAAGCGCGUCUCACGUUGGCGAUUACGAGCUCAUUUGGAACAAGAGCACCUUCUUUUUGCAUUGAAGAACUCUUCGUCCGACUCUUCUUCCCCAAGGAUUGAAGCUGACCUGACACUGAAAUGUUCACAGUGCAGUUUUGAGACCGAUGAGCUAGAAGAUUACAACUCGCAUGUGCAAAACGCUCAUGAAUCUGGAAUAGAAUGCCCUAUUCCUGGAUGUUCCGUUCGCUUUCUACUUGGUGAUAUGGACAGUCAUUUUUCGUCAAUGCAUGACCGAUCUGAAUUAGAACAAGGUGUGUUGCUUUUAUGA